UUUGUUUGGAUGGAUUGGUUCGCUUGCAGUAGAACUAGACCCACAAAGGAAUAAGGAUAUUUAACUUUUUAUACUCUGAUAAACAUUUCAUUUCACACGACUGUCAUUUUUGUAUAAAGGCAACAGCCAUUAGGUUCAACAUAGUGGGUUGUGGAUAUGAGUAAUAGGUUCGGUCACUUUCAUUGCCGUACAGUACAGUAGAUGUGACAGUGUUAACGGCAUCUGUCGUUCGCCAACUGGCCAGAGCUGUGGCUAGCAGGUUCGAUGCUGUUUUAUUUCACACAAUUACAAGAUAAAUAUUCAAUCCGAGCCUGAAGUCCUGCAGUUAGCGGGACCAAAAAGAUCUGUCCACCCUGGACCUCUUCACGCCCCUGUUAUUCUGGGACAGGAAGGAUCCGGCCACCCUGGAACACAUCAAACCAUGCUGGUACUGGGACAAGAAGGACCUGGCCCACACUCCGUCCCAGUCAGACGGGCUGGACCCUGCCACUGAGGCCCGGUACCGCAGAGAGGGGGCUCGCUUCAUCUUUGAUGUGGGCACACGGCUCGGACUGUAUCCUUAUGUGUCAAAUAUAAAGGCUAGUUAAAGUAGCAGAACCUAGCUAUAGCACCUACUAACUAUGCAGAUACUGGUUGUUUAAAUCCUACCAUGCAGCUGUGUAACACUGUAUGUCACACACAUUUCAUUAGGUGGUUCUUGAUACUGGCUUGCAUUGUGCAGUAAGUGGCUUUCAAUACAUACACUUACAGAGUAAAGCAAUGCAUCAUUUCACAAAGUUGUAUUUUUAGUUAUAUUGCGGCUAGACAAAGAGACUAGCUAUACUAUUAGUUGUAUUGAUUAAAUGGUAUUAUAAAGUUAGAUAGUGUGCGAGAGUUGGGAGUUGUACUUAGAUCUUGUAUUUGAGUACAAGUAGAAGUACUCAGAUCUUGUACUUGAGUAAAAGUAGAAUUACUCAGAUAUUGUACUAGAGUAAAAGUAGAAGUACUCAGAUAUUGUGCUUGAGUAAAAGUAGAAGUACUCAGAUGUUGUACUCUAGUAAAAGUAGAAGUACUCAGAUCUUGUACUUGAGUAAAAGUAGAAGUACUCAGAUCUUGUACUUGAGUAAAGUAGAAGUACCAGAGUGUAGGAAUACUCUGUCACAGUAAAAGUCCUGCAUUCAAAAUGUUCCUCCAGUAAAAGUAGAGAGUACUCUCAUCUACAUGUACUUAAAGUAGCGACAGUAAAAGUAGUCAUUGUUUGAUUGGUCCAUUUCAGAAUAAUAUCUCUGAUAUGUUUUAUAAUUAUUGAUCAUUAAAGUGUUCUCAGAGCUGGUAAAGGUGCAGCUAGUUUGAAUGGCUUUGUAUACUGCAGGGUAGCUGCUGAAUUGACUCCAGGUGAACUAAAGUCUGAUUUAAGGGUUGAUUAUAUUUACCAUCAUUAAUCCAAAUCUGUAAAGAAACUAAAGUUGUUAAAUAAAUGUAGUGGACCUCUGAAUGGAAGUCAAGUAGAAUUACAAAGUAGCAGAAAAUGGAACUAUUCAAGUAAAGUAUUUCCUAAUUGUACUCAAGUUAAUUUCUUGAGUUAAUGUGCUCAGUCACUGUUACACACCUGAUGUGAGGUGGCGGGCUCUGUUAAACACCCAUCCACAUGUGAACAGUUUUUUUGUAGGCAGGGUUUUCUCCUCCCUUCUCCACUGACUGAUAAAUGACAACUGUUAAAGUGUUGGAACUCCUCCGUCAGACUUAACCUCUACGGGUACAGGCACUAUGACACACUGGCUACUGGGAUUGUUUACUUCCACCGCUUCUACAUGUUCCACUCCUUCAAGCAGUUUCCUAGAUAUGUGACAGGAGGAUGCUGCCUUUUCCUGGCAGGCAAAGUGGAGGAAACUCCAAAGAAGUGCAAAGACAUCAUAAAGACCGCUCGCAGCCUGCUAAAUGACAUCCAGUUUGCCCAGUUUGGAGAUGAUCCCAAGGAGGAGGUGAUGGUGUUGGAGCGCAUCCUGCUGCAGACCAUCAAGUUUGACCUGCAGGUGGAGCACCCCUACCAGUUCCUGCUACGCUACGCCAAACAGUUGAAAGGGGACAAAAACAAGGUGCAGAAGCUGGUUCAGAUGGCCUGGACCUUUGUGAAUGACAGCCUGUGCACCAUGGUGGCCCUGCAGUGGGAGCCGCAGAUCAUUGCCGUGGCCGUCUUGUAUCUGGCUGGACGUCUCUCCAAGUUGGACAUCCAGGAAUGGACCUCCAAGCAGUCGUCCCGGCGCUGGUGGGAGCAGUUUGUCCAUGAUGUGCCUGUUGAGGUGCUUGAAGAUAUCUGCCACCAGAUCCUGGACCUGUAUUCUCAGGCCAAGCAGCCGAUUCCUGAUGGAGGGAUAGGGACAGCUGAAACCCCCCCACAGCUUUCCCCGCUAUCCCCUCCUGCCCCACCGCAGGCCAAGAAGGCCUCCCCUCAGACCAGCCCCCGAUUACCAAGACCAGCCCAGCACUCGCCAAAAGAUGACAGCAAGCCCAAGCUGUCAAAUCUAGAACCUCUUCCACCUCCGCCCCCCCCUCCUCCUCCAGUCUCCAUAAACCCAGACCAUAAACCCCCUUCCUCCUAUCUACCAGCCUCAGAUCUCUCAUCCAGACCACCCCCACCACCUUUACCCCAUUGCCCACCUCCACCACCUCCUCUUCCAAUGGACCUACCCACCUCCAGCUCCCUGGUGUCCAGUGAGGGCUAUCAGAAGCUUCAGUCCAUGAUGAGGACAGAGGCCUCCUGUUACACCACUGCCCCCCCGGCCUGUGCACCACCACUGGGUUUCCACCAUUACCCCCCCGGCACCACCCCCUUCCACCCUCCCCCACUCUCAGCCUAUAGCUACUUGCUGGCUCCUCCUCCCUCAGUCAUUGGGAUGGCACAUAUUUUAAAUAGCGGGUACCCCCCUCUACCAACAACUGCUGGACACAAUCAGCUAGCCCCCCCGCUGCCUCCUGGGAUGCCCCCAGUCAGUGGGCUGAGUCGGGGUACGUGGAUGAGAUGAGGAUCAGGAAGGUCACAGGGAGUAUUGUAAUGUGUUCCUUUCGAUCUCUCUGUUUUGCACAUUAUGUCAUUACGUGUUUUUAUGUAAACUGUUUACACAUCUGUUUUAUCGUCUGCUAAUAUAAUGUCUAUAUUUGCCUGGUGUCCUAUCAACUUAUUUUGGUUGUUCAAAAGCACAAGAAGACUUUCACUGUUAUCUUUCCAUACGAACCCAGCAAUGUGACAGGCAGCUUCUUCUUGUUCAUCUAACAGCUCUGGAUUAAUUUCACACAGAUUUGAUUCCUUUGUCAAAUGUCUUUCAACUGGUAUAUAAAUAAAAUAAAACUAGUUCGGGAAAAGA